GGAACUUUAUGUAUGUCAAGUUAAUGGUACUGCGGCAAGCGGUGAGAAAAUUGCUAAAAGCCAAAGAAACUUUGCAACUCAUUGCAUGUCCUGCAAACUCGUGCUGCUUUAUACAUUUAAGUCGUCACGUCGCAGCCAUAUUUUGUGGCGUUAUUUGCCCGCAUUCAAAAGUGCGUUAUGCGGGUAUUACUUUCGCAUCAAUUUCAUAUGUUCCACAAAUUCUACAAAAACGUUGAAGUUUUUGAUAUGUUCCAUGCAACGUUUUAAGAUUUUGAAUAUCCCGCUCAAUCGCACUAACCAAUUCGCAGGCAUUAAACGAGUGAAAACAGAGUGCAACAGAAAAUGAUAUGCGCGUUGGAAAAACGAAGUUGGGCACCCGGCGUCGAGUUCCAUUUAAAUCGAUACGCACGCCUGCGCUUUUCACCGGAAACCCCACCUACUAGUACACUCAACGCGGCAGAACGGUAUUGCCACAAGGCGCAUAAAGCGAAUAUACGGAAAAGAGCGAGGAAAAUGACGCCGGCGAUUGUACCGCAGUCGUCCGCCUGGCGGCGAUUUUCCACAUUACACUCGCACGCUCCCACCGAGUUGUGUUCAAGCACAAAAACAACACGCUAGUCGACAUUGCCGUCGAUGCCAAUGAGAAAAGCCAUCAGCAACGAGCGUGUAGUUUAAGACUAGUAAAUCCAAUAAUAGUAGCCUGCACAGUUGCAUUUUUGGAUAUUUUUGCGAGAGCCGCCGAAGUUUUUCAUAAACAGCGCACCAAGUGCAAGAAAAUAAAUAGUUUUUUGAUCGUGUGGUGUCUACCAGUCGCGUACCAAAACGAGUAAUUAACGCAUUCGGAGUUUUGUGAGUAGUGUGUUUACAAAAGAAGCGCAGUUUCUGAACUAAAUAAAACGUCAUGUAGCAUUGCAUUUUGUCUUAUUGACCGAUGGAUAACAAGUAGUUGCAACCCCACGCACCAAGUAGCAUAACGAGCAUAAUAUUCAUUCUUCUCGACCAUACUUGUCAUGCGAAUAUCCUUCAGAACCGGAAAACACCAAUAGAACUUCUAAACAUUUACAACACUCGGAACUGAAUGUAUAGCCAAAUCGUAUUGAAGAACGUGCCUCAAAACCAUAAUUAAAGCUGCCUUUGUACACACGUCUCACGUUUUCUAAAACGAUCGCAUUUUGCAUACAAUCGAAGCCGAAUUUUGCACUAUCGUGAAUAAGUAAGUGGUGCUAAUUAUCGAAACAUAUAAAAGAGGAAACACGAAGCGAAGUCAUCUAUUUAGAUUAUGUCGCAAUAUGAUAUCCUACAACAAUUUCAACAAUCAGGGAUACAAUAAGCUCUUUACUCAGGGCUCAGCUGAUUCUAACUACUCACAGCCUUCAUCGGACCUGUCGCUGGACGAGGAAAAAGAGAACCUUCGCCGGGAGAAGGAGCGUCAAGCACUUAGUCAGCUUGAGAAGGCGCGAACGAAGCCGGUAGCAUUCGCAGUCCGCACAAAUGUUGCAUAUGACGGAUCGGUCGACGAUGAUUCGCCAGUACACGGAUACGCAAUUUCUUUCGAUAUUAGAGAUUUUCUUCAUAUUAAGGAAAAAUACGACAACAACUGGUGGAUAGGUCGGCUGGUAAAAGAGGGUUCCGAUGUGGGCUUCAUUCCGUCGCCGGUGAAGCUGGAAAAUCUCCGCCUGCAGCAAACGUCGCAAACAAAUCGGAAACUCUACGCCAGCAAGGCGACCAGCUCCACGUCAAACAUUGGGGCUCCUGGUAACGAUGUUUCCAGAGGUAGCACCCCUCCUACGCCCGGGGAUGAAUCGGAUUCCGUUGGCAAUACACGAUCCGGUAAAUCUCUCACCACACCUCCGGCCAAAGAAAAAAAGAAACCGUUCUUCAAAAAGCAAGAAACCACCGCACCCUAUGAUGUCGUGCCCUCGAUGCGCCCCGUCGUCCUGGUAGGCCCAUCGCUGAAAGGUUAUGAAGUGACGGAUAUGAUGCAGAAAGCACUCUUCGAUUUUCUCAAACAUAGAUUUGAGGGAAAGAUAAUAAUAACCAGAGUAAUGGCGGAUAUUUCGUUAGCGAAACGAUCGUUACUAAAUAAUCCAUCAAAGCGCGCCAUCAUGGAGCGUUCAAACACGCGCUCGACGUGCCUGGCCGAAGUGCAGAACGAAAUCGAGAGGAUAUUCGAACUGGCGCGCACCCUCCAACUCGUCGUCCUUGAUUGUGAUACCAUUAAUCAUCCUUCGCAACUAGCAAAAACCUCAUUGGCACCCACUAUAGUCUAUUUAAAAAUUACUAGCCCUAAGGUGCUGCAACGAUUGAUCAAGUCACGCGGUAAGAGUCAGGCACGCCACCUCAACGUACAGAUGGUGGCGUCUGAGAAGCUCUCGCAAUGUCCGCCGGAAAUGUUCGAUGUAAUUCUGGAUGAGAAUCAGCUUGAAGACGCUUGUGAGCACAUAGCCGAAUAUUUAGAGGCAUAUUGGAGAGCGACGCAUCCGGAAACCGUGGCGACGGUGCCUAGACCAAUAGGAAGCAGUCCCCAAGCCUCACCAAGUGGUGAACCAGGAAGACCAACUUUACCAGCCCACCAUGAAGUUUAUGGGGGAUAUGCGCAUGACUCUAGAGUUCCGACAUUUCACACGGGUCACAAUCGCACUCGGCCUCGACUGGAGCGCGAACGUGAAUACGACGAUUAUGCGGAGCGUGAGUACCGCGAAAUGCAUCUCAGCGAUGAAUAUCGAGAUCGAGAUCGUGGGCCUUCAAAUGAUCGCACAUUGGAGCGACCACCGCGUGACCACCGUGCGACUAGAGAGGAGGAGUACCCGAGCCACCGCGGCUCCUCACGACGCUGCCUCAAUCCCAUCUAGUGGAGGCUUUCUACGGAGCAGCCCAUUGAAGAGGAACUUCACGACGAACUCAGAGAUCCAGUCGACGCCUAUUACAAACCGCAGUUACCGAAGGAGUUCCGCGACGACCGCGAUUCUUCUUCGGGCCGCGGGCGUUACGAAGAGCGCGGUGAGCGAAUGCGCGCUGAAGAGCGGUACGAGCGUGGUGCGCGGUAUGACGACGGUGGCAGGCCUUCACGAUACGAAGACCGCCGCCAAGUCUAUCGCCAGGAAGGGCGUAACUAUCGCAAGGAGCUGUUGGAACGCUUCGCCGACAUGGACUUUGAGGAGCAUGAAUUUUCGAGAGGCCACUCGAACAGAGACUACGAGUAAACGCAGCUUUCGUUCCUUAUGUUUUGUAAUAAUCACCUUCGAACGUUUGCAGUGGCCCACGCUUCAAUGGGAUGUUCCGUACUUGUGAUCCGCAUUAUUGAUGAAAUUAAGAAUUGUACUAAAAUAUAUAUAUAUUAUUAUUCAAGCAUAAAAUUGUAAAUGAAUAUAUCAUAUUUCAAAAAUGACCAGUUUGGUGCCAUAUUUUGAGUAAUAGCUCAAUUUUAAUAUCUAAAUAUAUAAAACUAAUUUAUAUAAUAAUCAAUCAAAAUGGACAUUUGCGGAAUUGCGGUGUUUGAUCAUCAAGGCACACAAAGAGAGUACUCCCCCAAAAAUUUAAUAAUAGGAAAAACAUUAAAGCUUUAAAUGCCAUUUAAAUUUGAAUGAGUUGUUGGCAAAUGCAAUAUGAGAGCUACUGAUUCAAAUGGAGGUAGGAGAAUAUUUCAAGGAUCAUUUCGAAUCGGAAUAAGUCACACCUACCAUUAAAUACAAUAUAAAUCCAUUUGUAUUCAUUAAAUUAUAUUGUAAAAGCUUCAAGUCGAAAAAACUUUUGCGUUGUUGAAUGUGACAUUGGAUAUUUAAUAAACAAUGAAAUCUUUGAAUUAUGUGGGUGCCUAUAAAAAUGACUUACUUUUUUAAUUCUUUUCAAAUGAAUUUCAUAUUCAGGGAUGUGAUUAUUAAAGUUUUCGAUGGUAAUAUGAUAUUGUGUCGACAAAAAUGUUGAAAGCUUAUUUACGAAAACUAAGAUUUAUAAUUUUGAAGUAUAUUGGAAUGAUUAUAAGAAAAAAAUAUUGGACUUUUGUUAUUAUACUGGUUUAUACUAAUUUGCGAAAAGUGAAUUUGAAGCGUAAUGGCUUUGUAAAUUUGUAAAUAAACUUGCGUACUUGUAUAAGAAAAUUGUGCACUUUCCAAACAAUUGAAUCCGAAACAAUUUAUUUGGAGCGCUUGAUAAGAUGAAUCGUUCGAAUUUUGAAAGAGAACAGAAAAUUGCACGCGAUUCUUGACACAAUUAUUUAGAAAUAAGUCAACCGUAUCCGCUUUGAAGCUUCUUUACUAUGUCCAUUCAUUAUGAAAGUCGAGAAGUUCAAACGCACUUUACAAGUUUGUAAAUACCUAACAACAAUGAAUUACGUACUUAAUGGACUUACAAAAUGAAAGACGACAAAACAAUGAUACAAAUAAUAAUUAUUAAUUAAUAAUUAUGCUAAAAACAAACAUACACAUACCAAACUAAACAAAAGCGUUUGAUAUAUUUCAACUUGAUACGUGAUAUUAAAUGAUACCUUGUAAUAUAUUGGUUAAACAUAAACAAAUUUACGAAAUUGUUUUAAGCGAAGUGCGGAAUUCGAUGCCGCAGGAAAUUUUCUAUUAAGUAAAUAAUUGUUUGGAGAUGUUAGGAAUACGAUUGAUAAAAUUAAUUUCGAUUACGAUUUCAAAGUUUCAAAACAAAUUUAACUAAACAAACGGUGAAUAAGCAUAUAGAUUACAUUUUAACAUUAGACGAAUGCACUGAUUAGCAACAUCAAUAAACUUUAGUCUACUAGUGACAUUUAACAACUAAUUCAUGGAGUUAAAAUUGAUCCGCAACAAAAUACUCUCUGAUAAAUACUAAAUUCGAUUCUAUCUGAGAAUAGCUUACAUCAUUACGUUUUUAUCUUAAAAGUUUACUUACAAAUACAAAAGACAAUCAAAUUAAGUUAAUCUAUAUUGACGAAUUAUUACUAAAUUUGUACAAUAAAUUAGCAUCAAAGUUUUAUUGGUUUCUGGAUAGUUUUAAGUUAAGUUACGAGUUCAAUUUAACUAAUAUAAUUGCGAUCAAAUUAGAACAAUUUUCCGAAAACGUACGUACCUAUGCUAAGUUGUUAAAUCUGUAUGGAACUACAAUGUACUGCAAUAUUUGCAAAACUAAUUCAAACGUCGACAAACCGAUACCGAUCUUGUUGAAGUAAUCAAUUAAUGCGAUAUUGUUUUUAAGCUGACACAAUACUAGUUUAUAUUCUGUUACGAUAAAAUGUAACUUUGCGAUGCACCGCAACGUUUCUCAAAUGCAUCAGUGCAUGAAUCUUUGAUGUUUACAAGUCAAAUUUAAUAAUCGCCAUACAAUUGUAUCAUGAAGCUUCGAAAGCUUUGCAAGGAUGCUUCUGCAAUACUGUGCUGCCGUGCAUCGCAGAGAAAAUAAAUAAAUGCCCGCACCAUUCAUGCAGUAGCUGUACCAAUCCGACGAUAGUUUCGUUCGAAUUGAAUUGAAACCGUUUUACUAGAAUCUCUCUAGUCAUUUCGAAACUUACUACAUAUUAGACGAAUACCAACAAGGCAAAAGACAGUAAUGGAAUUCCAGAAUUGCAUUACUUUGUGAGGAUAUAAAGAAAUAAUUCAUUAUACGCUAAUGUUGACACUGAAAGAAUCUAUUUGAACUUUUAAAAUAAAAUAUAAAUAUUAAAUUAUGAAUUAAUUCAUUAUUGAUCAUAAUAUUGUUAUUAUCGACGAUGAUAAUAGUAUUAUAUUAUAAAUACGAACAAAGGUAUAUAAAAAUUAAAAUUUGAUACAUAUGGUGUAAAUAGCUAUUACAAAAUAUAAAAGAUUCUACAAUUAAA